AUGACUUGGGCAAUGGGCGCUGAACCUAACCUACCGUGGCACCGACAUGCAUUCAAAUUUCAGAUCUCGCUUCAGGACGACGGCAAUGUGCCAGGCCUUUUGCAGCCUCGAUUCAGUCCCCCAAAAUUUGCGUUUAAUGUCCGUGCACACGACAGGAAGACAUACAUACUACGUGAUAAGCUAAAGUGCGGAGGCGCAAUGGAAUUGUCUUCACCACGCCCCCUUCUCCUUCCCCUCUCUAAAUUUCCACAGCUGCGGCUGCUGCACGUUCUCCAGCUCGUUCAUUUCAACACUACCGUUGUAACAACUCUCGCAAUGGAAUAUCCAGACGAGGUCGAUAAUGUGGUCCAACUUACCCUUGAUCAAUUCGUCGGCCAAUCACAGGAUAUGUUCACACACGUGCAUGACGAUCUUCAGUCAGAGAUCGAUUUUAUUCGUUUCGCAUUGGCAGGUAGGGUUGGGCCGGAAGCAGACGAGGAAGUCGAUCAGUGCCGCAUCAGCCUGAAUGCCCAACAAGGCAUUCCCCCUCUUCCCCCUCGCCCUGAGACCACUAUCACUCGUGACAUCGAUUCGGUCAUUGGAGUGUCAACUUCGUUGCCUUAUACAACGUCAUUAUCGGUCUGGCCCGUCCCUCCCUUUAAAGAGACAUUAACCAAGGAUAAUCACGUCAAGAGUCGCGCAUACGAUGCCGAGGGUAACGAGAUCCAAGUCUCCAUGCACAAAAUUCCGAAUAUUCCCCUGGGAAAAGUGGAACAGCGACACGUCGUCUGGAUUUUUUUCCCUAGACUUUACACCGCAGCGUCUGAAAACCCAUCGAGCUCCGCACGGCGUCCUCAAUUUGUCCUUCAAGAACUGCCGCCUGCCUUCUUUCGCAAUCUUCAGCAGCUAGAGAAACUGUACCGUAGUGGCAACCAGUUAACGAGUAUCCCCACUGAAGACCUCGUGAAAAUGACCAGACUGUCGGUGUUGUUUUUGAAUGGGAACAAAUUCCAGACGCUCCCCGCUGAACUGGGCAAAAUUCCCAGUCUGACCAUCAUUGAUGCCAGCAGUAACUUGUUAAGGUACAACAUUCACAAUUGGGAGUUUGAUUGGAACUGUGUGCAUGGGGUCCACUGCGAUAACCCAGUGUGCGAACCAGAUCCUAUCACCGGUCAGAUGGACUACUUUUGGCCCAUGGUCAUUCGGGCCGCUCGUAUCAGCGAGAUCGCACUGGGUGGGAAAAUUAUGUGCAGCGCCGACGUCGUUCGUGACAUGAAUGCCAAGAUCUUCGAGAAUGGCCAGGACACAGAGUAUUCAGAGUUUCAGCCAACACAAACUAUCGAGGCGAUCCGGCAGAUGCUGAUAGCCCUUGUCCCUGCCGUGGAAGUGAAAUUGAAGGGGUUGGGGACUCCGGAGAUGAUUUCCCCCGUCUACUCAGCAGCCCUCUCAGGCCGUCAGGAUUUAGAUGCAUCUGGGUCGCAUUUGAAUUGUGAUUUCUAUCUCCUUUUCAUUCCUCGGUUGCAUCACUGUCCUGCAUUUGCAUUCAACCACGUAUAUAUUACCUGCACGCCCUUGUUACGAGUAUCAAUGGUCUGUACAACUUUUAUACCAGUUCAUCUCGACACUACCGAGGGUGAAUGA